AUGACCACGUCCGCACAGAGCAAUGAAGAGCCUCCAGAUGGGAAGUUCAGUCACCUCCGGACUUCCAAGUCUAGCCAAAGAUUGAACCAGGUCGAAAAGAUCAGGGCACAUGGUGUCGGUGAUCUGAUCUCCCUCCCAGCACUGGUCGUUUGCGGAGACCAGUCAACAGGCAAAAGCUCGGUCUUGGAGGGCGUCACCGGAAUACCAUUUCCUCGACAAGAGGGGCUUUGUACCAGAUUCCCCAGCGAGAUAAAUCUUCGGCAUACAGAAUGCGAGUCAACUACCAUUACUGCUAGCAUUAGGCCGCACAUUUCACGGACGGCAGAAGCUCAGCAAACGCUCUCUGCGUAUCGCAAAGAACUGAAGGAUAUGUCAGAGUUACCUAGUGUCAUUCAAGAGGUGUCGCGAUUGAUGAAUAUUCGCGGAUACUGCGAAAACGAAAACGCUAGUGCUUUCUCUCUCGAUGUGCUUCGAAUAGAGGUUGCCGGCCCAAUUGGAUUACACCUCAGUGUGGUGGAUUUACCUGGGCUCAUAUCCGUUGCUAAUGAAGAGCAAACCGAGGAAGAUGUCGAAGCGGUACACAGCAUGGUCACAUCAUACCUUCAGAGCUCCCGGACAAUAAUUUUGGCCGUUCUCCAGGCAAGCAACGACAUGGCAAAUCAACCUAUUAUCAAAUUGGCGAGGACUCAUGAUCCUCUUGGUCAAAGGACCGUGGGAAUUAUCACAAAGCCUGAUUUAAUAAACCGUGGCUCUGAAGCCAAAAUUGCACUUGUGGCAAAAAAUAAAGACAACAUUAAGCUCAAACUUGGCUUCUUCCUCCUCAAGAAUCCUAGUCCUGCUGAGCUCAAAGAAUGCCCUACUAUGGCUGCACGGUCGAACCUAGAGAGUCGGUUCUUCUCAGCACCUGCCUGGGUCAAUCAAGAUCUUGAUAUGAACCGUGUUGGCGCAGAAAAGCUUCGAAUUUUUCUUCAAGAACUUCUUGAUACCCAUAUAGAGAGAGAACUGCCCAAAGUGCGAGAGGAGAUUAAGAAACUGUUGACAGAGAGGGAUGCCGAGCUUAGAUCUCUCGGCGCGGCUAGGCCUACGACAGAUCUCAUUAGAACUUUCCUCACAAGCCUUAGCAUGAGAUUUUAUGAGCUCCUGCAGGCGGCGCUUGAUGGGAAUUACCAUAGCAUUGAUACUGCAUUCUUCUCACAGAGCGAUACGUCAAGGCUACGAGCACGCGUGCAAGAAACGAACACCAAUUUUGCAAAUUACAUGCGGGAAUCCGGACAGAGGCGAAAAGCCAAAGUCGAACCCACUCUUAACAAUACAAUAUUUGAUUCCGACGACUCGGAAGAUCACGGAUUAGGUGAAACCACAACUCAGAUUAUAGUAAGCAAAGCGGAAAUGAGGCGAUGGGUGAAAGAGGCAUAUUCACGUACAAAAGGGAAAGAGUUACCUGGAAACUAUAAUUCAGCGCUGCUGGCCGAAUUAUUUCACGAACAAUCGCGCCGUUGGCCUACCAUUGCCGUAUCACAUCUUCACAACAUUCUCAAUAUAGUAUCGGAGUGGAUCCAGCUUGCCGUCGAAAGGCUCAUUCCCGAGGAGAGUAUGAGAACCCAAGUCCACGCAAUGUUGCAAGAAUGGCUUGAGGACAUCGAAAAGAACGCACUCGGAGAGCUAGAAAAGCUCGUGCAAGAUGAGCGACGCAGCCCACUGACGUAUAACCACUACUAUACAGAUAAUGUCCAGAAAGCUCGAUUGGAUGCACAGAAAAGAGCCGUGGAGAAAGCUGUGUCUGCUGAGAGAGAUUCACACGGGAAAUUACAUAUAAGUAACGUCCAAGUUGACAUUCAGAAGUUCAUUGCUGCGAUUGGAUCUCGUAUUACUGUGGAUAUGGAUGAGCAGGCAUGCAACGAGGCGAUCACAGAACUGGAUGCAUACUACAAGGUUGCAAUGAAGACUUUUGUUGAUAACGUGGCUCGACAAGUCAUCGAGCGCCACGUCAUCGCACCGUUGCCGAAGGCUUUCUGUCCAAACUCUGUUUCUCAACUUUCCGAAGAAGACUUACUUCGAAUUGGAUCAGAGUCUGAGAAACAGAUUGUCAGACGGAAGAAAUUGACUUUGCAAGUCCAGGGUCUGAAGAAAAGCUUGAGAGAUUUGCAAAAGAGUUCAUUGUGA